AUGAUCAGCCUGACUACUGAAGUGGGUCGUGGGGCGAAACAGCUUUGCGAGAUGUGUCAGUCACUUGCAGCUCAGGUGGCAAAUUCAGAACCUCGUCGACAGGUAAACGAGGCGACGCGGAGCACAAUGACUGCCAUCUCGGAGAUGCUGCAGCGCGCUACCGACUGCUCCAUGGAAGGCCGCCAGCGAACACUGGGCCAUGCCCAAAACGUUAGCGGUCGGAUCAACCGGCUCGUCUGGCGCGUCACCUCGGACCAUCAAUUCACUGGACAAACCGCUCGAAUUACUGAAGAAGCCAGAGAGGCGUGA